CUGUACGCUCAGUAGAUGGUCUGAAGUCGUGAGGCAAAGAGAGAGUGACUUCUUCUCUCGAGAAACUCAAGUGAUGUGUCUAGUGUGUUCCACGUAAAGAAUAUCUAUACCCGAUUUCGAUAUUACCAAAGAACAGCAUCAUCGUCAAGAAAAUGACCUAAGUUUCCUUCGUUUUGGAAAUGGCAGGAAUAGGAAAGAAAAUGCCAAGGUCGAUAACUUGGGCAUUCGUGUUGGUUCUUGUGAGCGGGAUAUCCUGGAGUGCGUCAGCCGAUGAGGAAAGCAAGUUAAAAUGCCCUAAAAAUGCCCCCUACUUCUUCCCGUGCACCUGCGAGGGAGGGGGAGAGAAGGGGAUCUUCGUCCGGUGCGAAAACUCCAACUUGGCUUCCAUCUCCGUCGGGCUGGGGAACACCAGGCUGCCCAUCGAGGAGCUCCACAUCUACAAAUGCCACAUCAAGAAAUUGCAAGGACCUCUGUUCCGGUCGCUGAUAUUGCACAGGCUGGUCAUAGAGGACACCCCCAUCUCCGAGAUCGACGGGGAAGUCUUCAAGAAUGUGGCGGCGUCUCUGACCGAGCUCAUCAUCCUUCGAGCUCCUUUAGAAGGGGUUCCGACGGCCGCCUUGGCUCCCCUGAAGAACCUGGAGAACCUGAAGAUCGACGGCGCCGCCAUCCCCAGCCUCGGCCCCGGUAGCUUCCCCAAUCUCCCCAACCUCGAUAAACUGGAGAUCAGCCGGGCGGGGCUGACCGACAUCAACGCCAAUGCUUUAUCGCGUCUGUCGAACCUGAAGAGAGUCGCUUUCCCACACAACGAGCUCAGUUCCAUCCCCCGAAACACCUUCAAGAACAAGAGGAGCAUCAAGCUACUCGACCUCGCCUUCAACAACUUCACCAAGCUCGACUCCCAGUACUUUCAGGACCUGAACCAGAUGACUUGGUGCAACAUGUCGAACAACGCCAUCAAGAACUUCGGCCGCAACCCCUUCGCCAGGAACACGCUGCUCGGCUGGCUGAACCUUUCCAAUAACAAGCUCGGCAAGAUUGAGUCGAACUCCUUCAGGUCUAUGAGGUUCCUGAGACGUCUGUUCCUGAGCGAUAAUGAAAUUAAGACCGUGGGACGCGGUGCUUUCAACGGUAUGCGACGUAUUGGCACAAUUGAUCUCGCGAGGAACAAUCUGAGGAAAAUUGACUUCAAGAUGUUUGACGACCUUCAGUUCGUCGAGACUAUAGACCUGGCGGAAAACCAGAUUCAGAAGGUGGAGAAGAACGCCUUCAAAGACCUUUUCUUGGUGGCGAUCAACAUGAGUCACAAUGAGAUCACGACAUUUGACGAAGGCGCCUUUGUCAAUACGCUGAACGUCACGGUGCUCGAUCUCUCCUACAACAAUAUCAUCGCCAUUCCGAAAGAGGUGUUUCCGGGCGAGCAGAGUUACAUGACGGAACUCAGGCUGCAGUUCAACAACCUGACAAAUCUUGGGAACUUGACUAUGCACUUCCCUGGGAUCAAAAUCCUGAACGUGAGUUACAACCAGAUCGAAAUUAUACCUCGAAGGAUGUUUCCGAAGCUCUACGAACUGCACACUAUCGACGCGAGUCACAAUCGGAUAAAUACCAUUGAUCGAGGUGUGUUUACGACGCUCUUUUCCAUUCGUGACAUAAACCUGAGCUACAACGAAAUCGGUCGCCUCACCGGCAGCAUCUUCGGAAACAUCCCGACACUCCUUCGACUGGACAUGUCUCACAACAAGAUGCCGUCGGUCGCCCGCGGUAUGUUCGCCAGCCUGGUUUCCCUCCGUGAGCUCUAUCUUAAUAACAACCAAUUAGAGAAUUUGUUCCUCCUGCCGCAGUCCCUCAACUAUCUAUACCUUCAGCACAACAACAUCUCCGAGAUUCCCACGAACACGUGGCCGACGAUGAACGCUCUUCUCUACAUGAAUCUCGAUCACAAUAACCUUCGAGACACGAUGGACGGAGGGACCUUCCGGAACCUCAACAGCCUCCGCGAACUGAGGCUCGUCAACAACUCCAUCACCGUCCCCUCCUGGCAGGCAUUCAGCGAGAUGCAGACGCUACAGCACCUUUACCUAGACCACAACAAUAUUACCAACAUCACAAGAGGAGCUUUUGGGCGACUGCCGGUUGUGUUCACGCUUAGUCUUAGCCACAACGGCGUGAGUAACAUUAGCAAGCAAGCUUUCGAUGGACUUCUGCAGCUUAUUACCCUCAACCUGUCCCACAACGCCCUGCAUCACAUCCCUAAUGAAGCCUUCAGGGGAUGCGUAUCGAUGCGGAUGAUCGACUUGUCUCACAAUUUCCUCAAUAAAGUCGACAACGGCACCAACGGCCUCUUCGACGACCUCCUGUCCAUUCGACACAUCAACGUGUCUCACAACAACUUCGGCACCAUCGCCAAGAAGAUGUUCCCUUACCACCAGUGGAUCCCGUAUAACCUUCAGACCGUGGACCUCAGUUAUAACCACAUGCCCGUGCUGCACAAGAACCUUCUCAUUGGUAUGCAGAAAGUCAAGAAGCUCAAUGUGUCGCACAAUUUCCUCAACGAGAUCCGACCGGGCGUGCUGGGGAACCUUACCAAGCUGGAGGUCAUUGAUUUGUCCUUCAACGAACUAGAGGCACUUGGCAACGGAGUGUUCGGGCGAGGACGGGCCCUCAGGGAAGUGUACCUUCAGAAUAACACCCUCAUCUCCGUGCCGGCCGCGGUGUUUAUGGCCAACGAGAACAUAACCAUGCUGGACCUCACCAACAAUAACCUCCACGAUUACUACCCCGAGUUUGUUUCCAGAGCAAUCAAUGGAACCACGAUCAAAUACAACGGGAAUCCUGUGGAAUGCGACUGCACGUUGCGCAGAAUUCGGUCUUGGUUGGACAACAGGCUCGAUUCGAGUUCAUGGAACGACGUGGUGUGCGCCACCCCGCAGCGUCUGCAGGGGAGAGCGCUUCCUUUCAUCUCCGAGGAGGAACUGCGCUGCUCUGAUAAACGUCGCAGCUUUGAACAGUACCAGGUAAACCCCGACGUGAGGUUCCGCCUGAAAGACGUAGAAAACAGAGACGUCCUAGAGAAGCUGGACAUCUCGUGGUAUGUGACGACGCGGGAGGACGUCGGCGGCUUCAGGGUGUCCGUCUACAACACGACGUCAGGGAAGGAAGUGUCCAGCAAGACGCUCGGGUACACCGCUCGACGUCAGAGAUUCCCCGAAGUCCCCCGGGGCAGAUACCGUGUAUGCGUGGGCGGCCUCACCUCAGCCGAAGAAAGCCGUGCCCUUCAGCCCGCCCAGUGCCACGGUUUCUUCGUCAGCCACGCCCACAUACCUCUCCCCACGCCCUCACUGCUCAUUUUCCUCACUAUACUCAUGUUAUUUAGGUGAUCAUACUUAAAUUAGGUUAAGGGUUUUUAGAAUAAGAUGUACUCCUUAUGCAUUAGCGAUACUCAUUAAGAAAAUAACAAAAUCAUUCACCCUUUUUGUUGAUAGAUUUGUUAUUUGUUUAAUGCUCACUUCUUCGAAUAUAUUUUAGUCGAGUACAUGUCUGUGAUGAUGUAUAUAAAGAUGUUAUAGGAAUAUAUGAAAGAGUGCAAUAAAAGGACUGUUUUUAAAUACCUCGUUCAAAA